AUGGCCAAAAUUAAUGGCAUCAGAAUGCCAAAGACCUGGACAGACAACCAAUUGGCUGGAAUAGAUUGGCUAAGGGGUUUCCGCCAACGACAUCAGGAUUUGACGCUGCGUAAACCCGAGGCGUGCAGUUUAGCACGAGCAUCGGCUUUUAAUAGAGAGACCGUCAAUCAUUUUUAUGAUAACUUAGAGGACGUGAUCAAGCGCCAUCCUGCAUUUGCUGAUGGGACAAGAAUUUAUAACUUGGAUGAAACCGGUACCACCACUGUGCAAAAGACCCAACGGAUUAUAGCGCCAAAGGGUAGACGAAACCUCUGCAAAGUCACUAGUGGUGAGAAGGGGACACUUGUCACUACUUGCAACAUCAAUAGCGCUGGGGGCCAGGCAGUUCCACCAGUGCUUGUCUUCCCACGAAAAAAUACAAACCCUCGUAUGGCUGGUGGUACCCUACCUGGAUCACUGAUUCUGGCAAACCCAUCUGGGUGGAUGAAUAGUGAGCUGUUCUUGGAUGUAAUGAAGCAUUUUAUACGAAGAACUGGAACUACUAAAGAAUACCCAUCGAUUUUGAUUAUGGAUAACCAUGAGUCUUACCUUUCCAUAGAAGCGCUUAAUCUCGCUAAAGAGUCUGGGUUACUGUGCUUACAUUGCACCCACAUACAUCAGCACGACUGCAACCACUGGAUGUUGGAAUUCACGGACCCUUCAAAACAUUUUACUAUUCCGCCAUGA